CAAUUCAAGAUGGCAGCCUUUGCAGCAAAUUUCAUGCCGCAGGACCCAAAUAAUUCUCUCUCAAGCUCUAACACUGCAACUGCUGCAGACAGAGCACAGAGAUCUGUUUUUGUCGGCAACAUUCCUUAUGAUGCAACAGAAGAACAGUUGAGAGAAGUUUUUAUUCAGGCAGGACCGGUUGUCAGUUUUCGACUUGUGUAUGACAGAGAGACUGGCAAGCCAAAGGGAUAUGGCUUUUGUGAAUACCAGGAUGUUGAAACGGCGCAGAGUGCUAUGCGGAACUUAAACAAUUACGACUUUAAUGGCCGUCCUCUACGCGUCGGUGUUGCAGCUGGGGAGCAGAAUAAGGAUGAUGGGAAGUCGAUGCAGCAAGCUCUGGGAGGCCAAAUUGUAGAGUCUCCUUAUGGUGAGCCAGUGGAGCCAGAAAAAGCCCCGGAGGCGAUUUCAAAAGCUGUGGCUAGUCUCCCCCCAGAGCAGAUGUUCGAACUGAUGAAGCAGAUGAAGCUUUGCAUCCAGAACAAUCCAAACGAGGCCAGGAACAUGCUGCUGCAGAACCCCCAGCUAGCCUACGCUCUACUCCAAGCCCAGAUUGUCAUGAAGAUCGUGGAUCCUCAAGUGGCCAUGUCCAUGCUGUACCGUGAUGAGUCCCAGCCACAGAUCAACGUCCCUACUGGAAAGCUCCCACAGCAAGGAAUGGGACAAAGGCUUCCAGGAGGUGUUGGAAUGCCGAUGGGCAAUAUGCCUCGUCCUAUACGACCUCCGCAAGUGAACGUUCCUCAGAUGGCGAUGCCACCACGACCGGACAUGAUGAUGAUGAGGCCAGCUGUCCCACAAGGAAAAGGAGACAUGGGCGAGCCCCGCAGGUUCCCCCAGCCCAACGUCCAGGGUUCCGGCCCGGCUCCCAGGAUGCAGCCUCCCACGGCACCUCCGGGUCUGCCACAGCCUCAGAGACCACCCGCAUCGCAGGCAGCCAGUUCCAGCCAGCCUUCAAGUUCCUCCAACCCCGCAGCAAAUGGCGCAGCAAACAUCUCUGCUCAAGAUCAAGAAAAGGCGGCACUCAUCAUGCAGGUGUUACAGCUGACAGACGACCAAAUCGCGUUGCUGCCUCCCGAGCAAAGACAGAGCAUUCUCAUAUUGAAAGAACAGAUCAAGAGUGGUUAGCGUGCCUGCGAGUGAGAUUUUUAGGAUGAUAGAAAAGGGGCAUGACUGCAAGGAUAUGUUACUUGAUAUGAUGAUUUCUUUAUUCAAUAAUUUUUGUUGAAUGUCCUACCAAAACUUAAAAAAAAAAAUUAAUUUUUCUUUUUUUGCAAAUGUUUUAUGAUAUGACUUUUGGGUUUGCCUAUCAAUAUUGCCCUCUUGUUUUUCAAAACAGCCAUACUGUAGUAAAAUUGCUACAUUUAUCCUUACAACAUAGACAGGGUCCUAGUGAAAAGGAUCGGUGCUGCUCUGUCGAAGGAAGAAGGGGUAGGGGGAAGUGGUAUUGUUCUCUCUUAUGGGUACAGAUGUGUAUUUGUAUUUUGAUGUAUGAAUAUGAUGGAAUACAGUUGUUGAUGAAGUCAAACAUGAAC